CGCGCGCUUGCGGAGAAGCCAAAGGUCAGAGGUCGUGGAUCCGUCAUGGCGGCGCUGUGUCGGACCCGUGCCGUGACUGCCGAGAGUCAUUUUCUGCGAGUGUUUCUCUUCUCUCGAUCCUGUCGAGGAGCAGGCACUGAGAGUAGCUCCGGAAGCGAGAGUUCUGAUUCCACGGAGCCGAGGCCGCGCUUAGGCGGCUUCGCGAGCGCUUUGGAGCGGCUCUCGGAGCUGCAGCGGAAGGCGGAGCUCGGCCGGACGAGGGGCUCUCCAAAAAAUGUGGAAUCCUUCGCGUCUAUGCUGAGACAUUCUCCUCUUACACAGAUGGGACCUGCAAAGGACAAAAUAGUCAUUGGGCGAAUCUUUCAUAUCGUGGAGAACGAUCUUUAUAUAGAUUUUGGCGGCAAGUUUCAUUGUGUAUGUAAAAGACCGGAAGUGGACGGAGAUUUACAGGGCUUCAUAUCAAGAGGACUGAUUUUAAAGGAUCUGUUCCCAUGAAACCCCGAUAGGGGCAUCUAUCUCAUCUGCACCUGAGCUUGACUUAGAUGACGACACCUUGGACUUUGAACCACAGCCUGGUGCUAUUUUAAUAAAUGAGACUUGUGGAGAUCUUGGGCAUGGAGUGGAAAUAAUCUGUGGGCAGCACUGGGCUAUGGUGAUUUUAAAACAUAUCCACAGACUCUCUGAUGCUCCUCCCACCUAGAGGUGGAGUCUAGUUCCAUUCCUUUUGAAUACAGGCUUGCCUUACAGUAUUCACUUCUCACAAAUAGGAGGCAGUGGAAGUGACUGAGGAAGGGACCUGACUUCUGAGGCUAGGUCAUAAGGUGAUCCUACCUCACUUUCUGCUUUGGAAUUUAGCCACUAUGCUGUGAGGGACCCCAGACCACAUGGAGAGGCCAGAGGUAGGUAUCCUGGGUGACAGCCCCAGCUAAGGUCCCAGCCAUAUCUAAUGUCACAUGCCAUGCCUGGAAA